GCCUCUGCUCCAAACAGAGAGCACGUGUUUCAUGAUGGCCGCUGCAAAGAUGCGUGCAGAGUCGAGCAGCAGCAGCAGCGACGAUGAAGUGUUGAAAAGAUGCAGGGAAGCCGUGUGGGAGACAGACCUGACCAAAGACGUUGACAAAGUAAAGGGGUCGAAGCGACUUGUCGUAUCCAAACAUGAUCACGAUGGGAAUGAGCUGCAGGUCACAGAGGGCUUUCAAACUCACGUUGCCAAAAAGCUCAGCCACUUCCUUGACAGUCACAUUUCAGAGUUGCCGUUUGAAACUUCCUCUGUGGUGAAACCAACCACGUCUGGUGAUGAAGAAGCAUUUCGCUUGUUCUCCACGUCGGUGCCAGGUCAGAAAGUCGAGGAUCCUCCAGCUCCAGUGCGUCGACGUCCUGUGCCCAGCUCCAGUGACAGCGACAGUGAGAUGGAACUGAGGUUCAAAGAGGCUGCCCUAUCAUACGAAGACCUCGUGCCUCAAGCUUCACUUCCUGACCAACAUACUUGUCCAACAGAAGAGCCCGUCAACACAGAAGUAGUUAAGAAAAAGAAGAAAAAGAAAAAGAAGAAAAUGUCUGAGGGGGAAGAGGAAACGCAUGUCGGACAUGAACAAGACAGCUUGAGAGCGUCUCAAAAUUCACACAAUAACAAUGUCCACUCUGAGCAGGAGCAGACAGACAUCAAACGAAAGAAGAAGAAGAAGAGACAGAAAACAGACAAAGUUGUGUGACCAGCGCUUGUGACAAGACUGCUGCAUCCAUUUGUUAAGAAAACAUUUAAUUGUGUUGUGUGUGCCAGUACAAAGUUUGAAAGAAAGGUUUUCCGUGAAAAUGUCUGCUGUUUAUUACAAGUUUUCAUCAAAACAUGCAAUUUAUAAGAAAAACAAAUAUAUUUUAAUUGAAAAAAAAAUUCAUGUAUUAUGUUGAUUCCUUGGAUUCAUUUUAACAAACAAAUCAGCCCUUGUUCAUGUCAGUCUAAAAUAGUGCUUGAAACAUGGACAGCUCAGGAACAUGAAUUCAAAUCCCGUCCCAUCCGUAUCCUCCCUGGAUUGUCGUAGGUCCAUCUCCUGAGACCAUUCAUGCAGGAAUGUAGGUGCUGAUGUCGGUGGGCGAAGGUGAGAGCAGGUGAGACCGAUGACUUUCUGUUGCCUCUGAGGCAGAAUACAACUCUGGACUCUGAGCAGAACCUAGUGAAAGAUGAGUCAUCAGGUCAGUGACCGGACGUUUGAUUAAAAAAAAAAUCACCUUUUAUGGCUCAACAUUUGUGUAUUUGGAU